GCGCUAUCUCUUCUCUCCAUAACCAUCCUAGCCGCCGACGAGCAGCGGCGGUGGAGAGCUCUUCAACGAAAGCUGCUUGAGCGGAAAUGGAAGUAGUGCGCUAGAACAAUUACAAUUUACAAAGAGCUCAGUCGCGGACUUCCGCUUCCUCUCCCCUUCGUUUUCACUUUCACCAAACAAAACAUUCUCUCAUGGCUGCCGCAGCCGUCACCACUUUCAACCUCUUCACUCCACCACCACCAAGACCCUCCCUAGCCAGGUACGCGGCCCGAAAUUCCAGCAUCGCAGUUUUGCCUUCCUCCCAAUUCGAGCACCACCGCUGGAACUUCCAUUUGCCUUCUAGAAACCGGAGACCGUUCGUGCCCAAGGCGGACGACGGCGACGCCGAUGGAGGCGGUGCCGACGAUUACGACAUGGACGACGAAGAGGUGGAGGAAGUGGACAACAAGAAGGAUUAUGAUGUGGAGUAUGAUCCUUUGGCUGGCGAUGGAGACGACAUUGCGAUGGUUGCCAGCAAGAAUUUCGUGUCUACUCAGGGGUGGCAUUCGGAGAAGAUCGUUGAUUACAGAAUUGAUGAAGAGGAGUUCCACAAGAUAAGCUUGUAUGACUGUGAUUUCUUUAUCAGGAAGCCGCCGGACCCUGAUAAUGAUGUGUUUGAUUUCAGGGAGAUGUAUGUUACUCCGCCGGAUACUGAUGUUUAUGCUAUCCCCAGAGUUCUUUGUCCAAUGCCACAGAAGUAUAUUCGAUGUGCAAAGAGUAACUAUGGAUGUUACAACGUGACAGAACCACCCAUUGACGCACCCCGAGAUCCAUUGUAUAAAUCCGAUAGGGAGGUAUGGAAGGUUUUCUUGACAAAGCACUACAGGAACCGAAGGCAGGGAGAUCCCGAGUUUAUUUUGGACUUCGAGGAAGUUUACGUUAUAGAUUCCAAAACAAAAUCCAUAACCAGAGCAAAAGUAGUGGUGACUGUUCCGGGCGGGAGAAGCAGGGAUAGAAAGAACGACUUGCUUGUUAUACGAGAUAAUGGGAAUUCCUUCAAAAUAAUUGACUCGGCUCAAAGAGACGAUCCUACCACCAUAAUCGAGAGGGAGGAAUGGAGUAAGACUAGACAAGAUAUGGAGAGACACCUCAGCAAGCUACGCGACUUCAGCGUGUCAAACUGGUUCUAAGGGAUACAAAUUAUAAGCUGGUUAUGAUAUGGGAUCAAUGGGAAUGAUUUCUUCAAGUAACUGAAGGAAUCAGUAAGUAUCCUACCGAUUUAAAACGGUUCUUCCCCUCGUCAUUAGAUAAAAUAUAAUGUCCUGCGCUUGCAGCGUCGAAGAGAUUACUUUAGUGAUGGAGAAGCCCAGAAUGGUUUCAAGACUUGGGAGGGCUUGAGAAUGUUGGCAGGCAUUCCUUCGACGGUUGGCAAAUUAGAAGGAUAAUCGCCUGCCCUGGACCUGGAGAUGGUACAAAGUCAUGGAUUUUGAAGAACCUCAUUUACGGUUCAUUGUACGGAAAUGACCUUUAGAAAGUCGUAUUAGUGAAAGCUGUUUGGUGGGGUAGUGUAUUGCUAUUUGCUAGUAAUACAGCUUGUUAUUUGUUAGGCCAUUUCUAAUUCUAGUCUUCAAUGCUACCUUCCUCGUUAAAUCAAAGAUUUGGGGCUUCUUGCUACGCUACUUAACUAUAAAAAUCCUUUUUUUUA